AUGGCUACAGCCCACCCUGAAGGAGAGGUCUUCUUUAGGAAAAGUUCUCUCAAGCUAGACACAUUCAAUGCUGAUGAUCCCAGGUCCUUUUACGGACAUUUCCUAAUUGAGUUCGCCAGCAACGAGUACUUUGCAAGACAACACCACGAGUUGCCCCCAGCGCGAACGCAUCCGCGCUCAACGUAUCGCCGCGAAAGGGCUUCUGGCGUUCCAGACCGCCAGUGGCGGUAUGGAUUUUGGGAGGAACUCCCUGUUAGUCUAGGGCAAGCCGACAGCAUACGCAGGCGUUUUAACGUCCCUCUGGAGACUACUGUCAACCGUUUUAGGGACAGAGCCAAUGGUGGCGCUCAGCAUAUGCUUAUCCCGAUUCGUGCCAUCUAUCUUCCACUAUCGCAGGCGGCAGAAGAAUCCUUCCCCCAUCUUUGCACAUAUGUCCAGAUUGUCUUUUAUCAACAAGGCGUGCGGGACGUAUGGCGUCCAAACCAGGGCCGGUUUCUAAGCCAUACAUUUACCACUACCCAUGGAGUUGGUUUUGCUCUCGGCUUUACAUUGGGCAUCAACAUUCACGAAAGCAUGAAGCUCCUUGGUCUACCACCAAAACUCCGUAAUACUAAUAUUUGGCGAGAGAAGCUGAUCGUCAUACGCGGUCGCGACGAAAUUAGGACGCAAACCAGGACUGCGCUGCCCCCGCCCCGGUUUGAUUUUGUCGACUUCAUCAAUGCCAAUUUCGCCGUUGAGGUGAUUUGGAAGCCCGUGCCGCCACGAAGCUCGUUCCUCCUUAACCUCAUUGAAAAUCUUAUAACCGCCGCCCUGGACCUGGUCCCUGUCGUGGGACCCCUAUUGUCGGCUAGUUUCACAGCUGCAUGGCUUGCAAUUACUGAUCCAGAAGCCUUCGCAGAGUGGGCGGCAAACGGUGGCUGGUUACCUGAUUACCUUGAUGCCAUGAGAUCUAGUUGCCGUUCCAUGGGGAAAUACAUCGAUCCAGGGUUCUUGAGUGGUGUCCGCGCCAUUUCACGGAGGGGCCUCCUACUUCCGCCUGCAACAGACGGCAAUCACAGUAACGAGAGCCAAGUUGUCGUGCCUCCAGCCCAAACUUCCACCAGCACCAUGGAGGAUUCUGUCGAAUCAUCCAACCUAGCCGACGUGGGACCAUCUGCGGUCCUACUCUCUGGGCUUCGCAUCAUUGCCUUCUCUGCCACCAGCGGCAAGACUGCACACCAAGAUGGCGAGCUGCAUAGCGACAUUCUGCGCCGAGCAGUGCGCUGUGACGCUAUGAGCCUUGAGGAGGCCUUCGCGGUUCAAAGAGGUCUCGAAGCGCUGCCUGAUGGCGGCGACGAUUCGGAGGACGGUGAAAUAUCAAAGCUGUAGGGGGUAGAACACCCACUAAUCAUUGGGAAGACUUGGGUAUUAAUCAUCUGCUGCCGACAGUAUCUUGUGACUCUGCCUUGUUUGACUUCAUCCAAUCAUUCUGAAUUUUCUGCUGUUGUGCUGCGAGAUUCAUAACAUUCUGAUUUCAGGG